UAUUCCUCUAACAGUGUGUGUGUGUGUGUGUGUGUGUGUCAGCAGGUUAAAAUGCUCCUGCAGUGACGGGUUCGGGUCCGGGUCCGGCCUCUCCUCUCACUGCCCGCGGCUCCGCGCUUCGUCAUCGCGUUUCCUCCCGCGUCCUCCUGCGUCUGCACGCGUGCGACCGAGCGAGCGACGGACGGGCUCAUUUCAUAACGCGGGGAGGAAGACGAGAGGAAUGGGGCUUUGAGAGCACCAGACCCGGCACAGGCUCCGUCCGUCCGUCCGUCCGUCCGCCCGCCCGCGCGUGCACCAGCAGACUCCACUUCCAUGCAGGCGCUGCGCACGACCAGGAGAUGCUGCUGAUGCUGCCGCUGUCCGAUCAGCUGUUAUUCGCGUCUUGUUGAGCAUCGCAUCCAUCGCCGCGACGGCCGCAGGGACCGAGACCAAGCUCCGCACCCAGGGACAGCAGCAGCGCACCGAGGCGGAUCACCGAGGAUGGAGUUCAAGCACCUGGUGGAGGCGGCGGAGAAGUGGUGCUCCGGGAACCCGUUCGACCUCAUCUUCGCCGAGGAGGACGACGAGAGGCGGCUGGACUUUUACGCAGAGCCCGGCGUCUCCUUCUACGUGCUGUGUCCCGGCGGCACCGACACUUUCCAUGUAUGGAGUGAGAGUGAGGACUGCCUUCCCUAUCUACAGCUGGCCCAGGACUACAUCACCUCUUGUGGGAAGAAGACUCUUCUGGAGGUGCUGGAGAAGGUCUUCACCUCCUUCAGGCCUCUGCUGGGCCUUCCAGACAUAGAAGACGACAGUUUUGAGCAUUACCACGCCGACAUGGAGGGGGAACCAGGGCCUGACCAACAGCAGAUGGGGGUCAGCCAGCAGUGAUGAGCCCUCCCAGGAAGAGGCUUGCAGCUGGUGGUUGGAGGGUUGGGAGGGGUGGGGGGUGUGCGGUGGGGGGGUGACAGCGCUGCCUGUGAGCCCAGGACCUCGACUCAUCAUCAGCCCCAACACACACACACACACACACGGUCAACCUGCUAAAAAAAUGCACCACCAUGUUCUUGAAUGUCUCAGUAGCUUUGCUUCCCAAAGAGUGCACUCUGUUGCACUGUGUUGCCCCACACACACACACACACACACACACAGCCAAGUUCAAAUGCAAGAAUCAUAAUCAUUCACCGUUUGGUUAGUUAAAGAUCCACAACACAGCAAUAUUACGUGGGCCUCAGCUUUGUUAUGCAGAAAUACAGUCAGUCAGAUGUUAGUGCAGCACACACACACGCACACACACACACACACACACACACACACACACACACACACACACAGAUAACCUACUUUCUCUGUUGACACAGAGGAUGCUGCGUGAACACGACGUGAAAAGUUUCACGGAUGAAAAGUGACGGGAUUGGGUUGUGG